AUGUCAAUAGAUGAAUUAAUACGACAAAGAAUAAUUGAAGGCAGCAACAGAGGUUGCAGUAAGCGUCGCCUUGCAUCGUUGUUCGGUAUAUCUCGAUCUACAGUAAAAAGAACCAUCGAUAGAUAUAAUGAGUUGGGUCAUCUUCAUGAUAGAAGCAAAAUAGGUCGACCAAGAAGAGUUUCGGAUAGAACAAGAAGAGCAAUGAAGAGAUGGGUGUGCCAAAGAGAAUGCGUAUCUUUGUCCGAAAUAAAGAACCGACUUGCAGCAACAUAUGGUUUGAAUAUCAGUUUAUCACGUAUUGGGAAUAUACUAAGAGAGGAGGGUUUGGAGUAUAAAAGUUUAUCUCGAAAGUUUGAUCUAACAGCAAAACAUGCCGAGAUAAGAUUGGAUUUUGCAAUGGCACACAGGAACUGGACAGUAGAGCAAUGGAAACAACUGGUGUUCUCUGGAGAAGGAUUUCUAAGCGAAAUAGAAGGUACCCUCAAACAGGAACAAUACACAGAGAUACUCAGAGAUGCAUACAUUCAAUCACUCAACUACUAUGAGUUCGCUAGAGCUAACUACAUACUGGCAAUGGAUAACUGUUCCAUCCACAAGGCAAAGUCGGUGGUCAAUUAUAUGAACAGACACAAGAUCAAAUAUUUAUAUCUACCAGACAACUCACCAGACAUCAAUAUUAUUGAUAACGUAUGGGCGAUACUCAAACGAAGAGUAAAGAGAAGAAUGGCUGUCGAACCUCUAGCAAAAUUCGAGGAUGUCAUUCUCGAAGAAUGGGAGAUGAUUGGACCAGAUACUAUCGAUGAGUUAUAUCAAUCAUUACCACGCCGAAUGGAAGAAAUCAUUAAUGCCAAAGGAUGGUGGACCAAGUACUAG